AUGAAUCUAAGAAUCGAAAUAUUUGGAUCAAAACCACAAAUAUUUUAAGUAAAUAAAAGUAGUUCGGUGUCAGAAGUUAUUGAUAUCAUAAUUUAAAAGAACAAAUUGAAAGAACUAAAUUAACAAUUAAGUUUAUAUUUAAAUGGAAUAGAACUUAAUAAAGAAACAAGAAUAUAAAAUUAUGUUAAGUUUGUAAAUGAUACAUUAUAACUCAAAAAAAAUGAAUAAGUUAGAUAACUUCAGGGAAUUAAGUUGGUUUAUAAUAAUGAAAUAAAAAUUGCCUAUGUUUAUUUGGAUGACUCAAAUUAUGUUUUAUAUGAUUAAGCUGAGAAAUAGUUUUCCUUAAGUAAAGAUUCUUUUAAACUUAUAUGCAAAGAUCAAAUACUUGAAAAAUUAGCUUAACUAAAAUAGAAUUAAAUAGAUGCAAAUUCUACAAUAGUAGUAAAAAUGCUUAACUAAUUAAAUUAACCAAAAUAAAUGAUUAAUUUGAAACUAAAAUAUCAAUAACAGGAAAAAAUUCUUGCUAUUGAUAUAUAUAGCAAAAUUUUUGAAUUAGAAGAGAAAGUUAAAUCUCUUUUUAAAAUAAAUUAAGAAAUUUGUAUUUUAAAUGAUAAAAAGAUAUUGUUAUAAGAUCAAAAAUUAAUUGAUGUUGAUUUCAAUUAAAACUUUACUUUAACUAUUUUACUUAAGGAAUUAUAUUCAAAUUCAUUAUCAUAUGUUAAGAUUUUUAUAGAAUAUAAUGGAUAAAAAUUUGAAAUGUCAGUGGCUACCAAUACAUUAAUUAGUGAGAUCAUUGACCUUUUAUAAAUCUAAAAUAAUUUAACUAAUAUUGAUUUAAUGAUGGAUUCACAUAUGUUACCUUAAAAUUAAACUAUCACUUAAUUAAAUGUUAAAGAAAAUUCUAUAUUAAAUGUUGUUACUAAAUAGAAUAAUACAAUAUUGGUCUUAAAUCUUAAGAUUGGAUUCAAAUUGGAAAAAAUUGAAGUUGAUUAAGAAACAAUAAUAUAAGAACUUAUUUAAUAAAUUGAAUCUAAUUUUUAAUUGUAAAAUAUUCAAUUAACAUUACAGAAUGGAUAAUAAUUACAAAAUAAUUAAUCAUUAAAAUAAUAAAAUAUCCAAAGUGGAACAUAAUUAAUAAUUCAACGUUUUUAUCCUAAUUAAAAUAAGCUAUCAACAUAAAAUGAUUUAAUUAAUAUUUAAGUAUCUCUUUAACCUUCAUAAUAAAUAAUUUCAUAUUAAAUUAGUUAUAAUUCAUUAAUCUAAGAUUUAUAGAAAACUAUUAGUAAUAAUUUGAAUUGUUAAAAUAAAAUUUAAUUGGUUUAUUAAAAUAGAAUCUUAAAUUAACAAAGUACUUUUGCAUAAGAGGGAAUACCAAAUGGUUGUUAAUUAUAGUGCAAUAUUCUAAUUGAUAAAAUAGAUGAUAAAAUCAAAAUUAUAGAUGAACCUAUAAUAUCAGAUUCAUUCAUUCAGGUCUUAAUUAUUUUUUAAAAUUAAUAAAUAGAGAAGAUGCUUAGAGGAAAUACUUUAGUAGAUACAUUAAUUAACAGUUUAAAGUCUUAAUUAUCUUUAAAUUAAGAUAUAUAAUUGAUGAGUUAAGGAAAAAUUUUAAAUCCUAAAUAAACUCUUAAAGAAAAUGAAAUUAAAUAAAAAUCCUAAAUUAUUGUUGAACUUGUUAUUUUAUAAUUGUGUAUUGUGUAUAAGGGUUAGAUGGAAAAUUUAGAGGUAAGCUUAGAUACUUCAGGAGAAGAAUUAAAAUUUUAGAUAAAAAAAUCAUAUGAGAUAGAAAAUGAUUUUGAUAUCAUUAUAAAUGGAGUGAAAAUGGACACAAAAUUGUAAUUGAAAGAUCUGAAACUGUAGAAUAAAUAGUGUUUAGAAAUUUAGGAGAAAUAAAUAAAAAUUACAGAAUAAACGAAUUUAACCAAUCAAUAAUUGCAAUAAUAAGGUUAUUAAUAAGGAAUUUAAAAUAAUUAGAUUAAUUAAUAAAUUCAAUCAAAGUAAUACUAAUAAUCAUAAUAAUAAUAAUAAUAAUAAUAAUAAUAAAACUAACAAGGUAAAAGUAAAGCAAUUAAAAUUAAAGAGAUAACAGAUAUAAAAUUGAAUAAAAAUAAUGAAAAAGAGCAACCAAACAUCAAAUUAAUAUCAAAUAAUUGGAAUUAAACUAUUUAAUUUUAAUGGGAAACAAAAAUUAAAGAAAUAAUUGAAUACAUAAAAAAUUAAAAAUAAAUAAAAGAUCAAAUAAAACUUACUUUUAACAAUAAUACGCUUAAACCAGAUAAGACUUUGGAGGAGAUUGGAGUCAAGGAUUAAGAUACUAUAUAUGUUGAACAAAUUCAAACCUGUUGA